AUGUCUGCCCUUUCAAACUUUAGUUUCAGAGAUAAUCAAGCUCCGCCUUUCGAUUUGGAGCCCAUCGGACUCCACCUUUUUCAGCUCGUAUAUAAGAGAGUUUGGAGUGAAACUCUUUCAUUCAUUCAUCUGAAAAUGAUGAACAAAAUCACCGUUAUUCUCGUCUCUCUCCUCAUCCUGGCUUCAGGCUACAAAGUCCGUCCAUCUGCCAAGAACGCCGUUCAAGAUGCUCAUGACCAACUAGCCAAGCAUAUUCGAUGUUGGGAGGAGGUUGAUGACGACGAUCAAUCUAAAGGAUACACUCUAAGCGAGCCAAUAUACGAGCUAUGCAGCUUCAUGCCGGAUCCAAAAGACUACAACAAAUUUUACGUCAAUGGAGUUGAUAUGGAGUCCGAUGUCUACACCAACUUUUUGGCGAUGUACGCCAACGCACUUGAGGGAUAUGCAGUCUUGAACGUAUGCAUCCAAGAAGCCUUCCAAUUUCACGCUGCCAAACACCCGUCUCAAGUCAGUCUCCGCUGUCUCUGCAAACGGGACGGAUGCAAUCUCCCAAUGAGCUUCACAAACUUCUUAGACUACAACAAACUUGCAUUGCCGGAAAUCCACAUCUAAAUUAUUUGAACUGUCGUCCGAGUUCGUACCCUUGUCACCGAAAAUUAUCAGUUACACUUUCUCAUUUGUGGAUCUCAUUUUCUAUUAAUCUCUUCCUUCAUAAAUUGCACUUGCGAUGCAAUAUCAUUUUCAAAAAGACAUUAACAAACUGAAUAAAGUUAUAAAAUUUGU